ACUAACAUGCUUUCUUCGAAUUCAGCUAUUUAUAGAACAUCAAUAAUUCUCGGGGAAAUAUAGUUUUUCCCGUUAUCUUCGAGGCUAACGUUAUAAAUAUUGUCAUCUCGUUCGCCUCUGCUCAUAAUUGUUAUGAAAGCUGGAGAGAGGAGACAUCGCGUAAUACUUUCUCGGAUUUGUAACUAAUUAUAAAGGCGCUGAGAAGAGAAACAGAUCCAAUGGAUAACAUCCCAGCGUCCUUCGAAGUCACCGAGGAAUUCGGUAUUAAAUGGAUGCAUCCAAACUAUUACAGUUGUUUGGAAUAUAUAGGAGGAGGCAGUUUCAGCCAUGUGUCAAUGGCUCAUAACAAACUUACGAACUCCACAGUGGCCAUCAAAAAACUGUCGCGGCCGUUUGUCACGUUAAUGGACACUAAACGUACAUACCGCGAAAUAUGUUUGCUAAAGCACAUGAAACACAAAAAUGUUAUCGAUCUGCUCGAUACAUUUACAACAGCAAUAUGUAAAAAUGAUUUGGAUAAUCUCUACCUUGUUUCCACAUUCUAUCCGAGAGAUUUAAAAAUGAUGUUGGACAGCGAGGAGAUGGGGUUACCCCUCAUCAAGUCCCUGGUCUACCAAAUGUUCUGUGGACUUUAUUAUAUUCAUUCAGCCGGGGUCAUCCACCGUGAUUUGAAACCCAGCAACAUCGGGGUUACUGCUGAUAACUGCAUCAAAAUUAUGGAUUUUGGCCUGGCCCGACAGGUCAGUCUUAAAAUGACGGGUUAUGUGCAAACCCGAUGGUACCGAGCUCCAGAAAUAAUCCUUAACUGGGAAAAAUACAAUCAGACAGCCGAUGUGUGGUCUGUGGGUUGUAUCCUGGGUGAAAUGUUAACAAAACGAGCUGUGAUACGGGGGCAUAAUUUCUCUGACCAAAUGAAGCAGAUCUUAUGUCUUGUCGGAACACCGGAUUAUGAAAUGCUAAAGAAAUUUACUUGUGAAGAAGCUGUUGCUAUGAUAAAACAAUACGGUACUUUUGUAAAGCAGGAUUUCUCAACUUUUUUUAAUACCAAAGAUGAAGAUACACUUAAUCUUUUGGAUCAAAUAUUUAAUUUAGACGUAGAUAACCGAAUCUCUGUGGACGAUGCAAUGAAACAUUGUUUCUUCGAAGACCAUUUCCAACAGACUGAUUUUAUGCAUGCACCACGUUUUUGUGACAGAUAUGCCACUAUGGAAUUAAACAAAAUAGAAUGGUUAGGACUUAUUUACGAGGAAAUCAAAAACUUCAAUUGUGCCUGUAAUACACUAACACACACAUAAAAAAGUUUAUACCCGCGCUAUUUAAAGUAUAUAUUUCAGGUCGUGCUAUCAUUUCUCAAACUUUUACACUUCAUUAUUCAUGUUUCUCAAUAUGAUCUCUGUUCAAUAUAAAAAAAUUUAAAGACAGAUAUAAAUUAAAAACAUUGUCGAUAUCCAGAUAUCACUGCCUUGAUAAACACUGCAAAAAAUUUUUUAAUUGAACAAAAAAAAAAUUAAGAGAAAUAUAUUUAUUUUCAAACAA